AUGCUUGUGUGUAAACAACUAAAGAAAGAACGGAUAGAUUUAAAAAAUACUUUGAGUACUAUUGAAUUAUUAGUUAAUACUUUAAAAGAAAUGAGACAAGAUGCAGAAAAAGAAUUUCACAUUUUAUGUGAUAAACUAAAAGUAUGUAAUUUGAGUUUUGAAGUAAUUCAAUGUUGAGUAUUAAUAUGUAAUUAACUUUUAAUAUUUUAAUAGAAUUUAGCAAAUGUUAUUGCCACAGAAAUAACCAAAAAACGCACAGCAAAAAAACAAACAAAUAGAGCGAAUCCUCAAGUAUUCUCUGUAGAAGAUUAUUAUAGAGUGACAGUGUUUAUACCAUUUACUGACAAUUUUAUCAACCAACUUACAACUAGAUUUUUAAAUCACAAAUCCGUUUUAGAAGGAAAUAUGUAUAUUGAUUUAUCUAGGUUAAUAUAAAAAUCAGUAUUAAAUAUUAUGUUUUGUAUACUUUGAUAGGAUUUGAAUGUUUAUUUAGUUCAAUAUUUACUGAUGCAGAAAAAAUAUCGUUUGAGAAUUUGGUCGAGUUUUAUUUAUCACCAGUGGAAAGUGAUAAUGCUUAUGUUGAAAUUAAAAUAUGA